AUGCCCGGCGUACUCAAGACCGAUACGACCACUCCGGCGUCAGUCGACAAGGUCUCGAAGGCCGGCCCUUCCACAUCCCCAACGGACAGCAAACCCUUUCGUUCGGGCGCUACACGCGCCCUCUUCCCCGGCCUCUCCAUAACAUACAACGACCGCUUCCUCCAUUCGAUCCUGAAACCAAAAGAUCCAUCCUUCGAUGUGCACCGUCGAACCGUCUUCUUGAACCUCCGCGAGAACAUGUUGGCAGCGUGGCACAAGCUCGCGCUCGAGGGGCGGCAUGCGAGCGAGGAAGAAGAGGCGGAGCUUGUGAAGAGCGAGAUGCAAUUGAGGAAGAUGGAGUUUGGGUAUCUUAAUGGCUCUUCGGAGAGCGACAGGACCGUCUGGUCAAUCAAGAGCAAUGAGCAAAUGUGGCGGAUGUUAACGCAGGACUUGACACCGGAAGACCUCGAAAGCGAAGAGAAGCUCCGCAAGAGUCUGCUUCAGCACCGCGCCACCGAAGCGCGUCAGACGCAGGCGCUCGUCUCCGCUUUGCACAGCGCUAAUUCUAUGCCCUUCGACCGCGCUUUCCUUGCUACACUUCCGGGGCCACGUGUGCGGCUAGUUAAGGCUGAAGCUGACAGGUUGCGUGAGCACCGGUACGUGAAUGCGGUCCCGGGCGAGACCGUCGACGACCUUUUACAGCGGAGGAAGCUCUGCGAGGAGUGGUUCGGCGGUGUAUUCGCGUGGCCAAGAGACGAUGGGAAGAGCGGGUUUGCGUUUCUUGACGAGAGGGAGCCUUCUACGCUGGCGUUGGAUGGUGGACCUCUGCCUACGAUCAAGGUCGAGUCUUGCGUGGUGGAUGCUAUGGCGAAGAUGACCGUACGCGACGACGAGAAGAAGACAUGA